AUGAAAACAUGUCCAAAGUAUCCAUUAAAUGUGUCUACUGACCCUACCCAAACAAUCUUAUCAUAUUCAACAACCGAGGGAAGUGGGCUGCUUUCAUUAAGUUCUAGGUUUAAUCCUGUUGCUUGUAGAAACGGAUUGGCUAAUUUUAUCAUUUUAGAUGAGAAACAAUUCAAAACAGUUGAAGGGGAUGGGUUUAAGUACUUUUGUAGGCAAAUGCAACCCCAAUUUUGUAUACCGUCAAGGAGAACCAUACCUAGGGACUGUUAUCAGUUAUAUCUUGAUGAGAAAGUGAGGUUGAAAGCGUUCUUUAAGUCUAAUUGUAGUAGAGGUGCAGUUACAACAGAUUGUUGGACUUCUGUCCAAAACCUAAAUUACUUGACCCUCACUGCCCAUUUUACCAAUAGAGAUUGGAAUUACCAAAAAAGAAUAAUAAGCUUUACGGUUAUUCCAAAUCAUCGGGGUAAAACUGUUGGUAAGAAGGUUGAGGACGUGUUGAAGGAGUAG